AUGGCCGUUACGACAGAUGGGAGUCUCGGCGUCUACGAUGCAGCCACCUUACCGGCAUCUUCCUGGCUCAGAACGCUCCGCUCCUUAUGGGGGCUGGCCUCCCCCAUCAUCAGUCCCCAGUUCGAUGAUGACCUGUCACAAGAUCCCAAGAAGCUGGCAUCUGCUGUCCAGCCAAUUUGCGCACAGAUGCUUGGACAGUUGAACUACCCUGGAGCACCGCAAUUGAAGGCAGAGGCCGUCGAGGCUCUGCUGGAGUAUAUGUACCGGAGGGCAGUUGAGAUGGACGUACCUCUUGACACCCCCAUCUCCGCAAAAGGGUUCCGUUUGGGCUAUGCCGAAGGACUGAUUAGGCAGCUUGCCCAUCCCCGCCAUCCAACCAAAGCCCAAGGGUAUGUCGGCCUCUUCACUUGGCUCGUCGUACAGUACGAUGAUAUUGUAGGGCAGAACGACCAGAUGGUGGAAGAAGCCAUGGUCUUCCAUCGACGCUUCUUCAAUGGCGAGCGUCAAAAGAAUAGCCUCCUCGAAGGCAUCGCGACUCUCCUGCGAGAAGCGCAUGAUCUGUUUGACCCUGUCAUGGCAAACCUUCUGCAGCUCUCAGUUCUUAAGUUUCUAACCAGUAAUCUACUGGAGCGGCACAAUGGUUUCCAAAGCUUGGAGGUCACGCGGUCUGGCGAAAAGUUCCCUGAUUUUUACAGAGACAUGUCGGGAAUGAAUGUGGCCUACGCCGUAUUCUGCUAUCCUAAAGAGCAGUAUCCAGACGUUUCACAAUUUCUGGAGGCUGUUCCGGACAUGGCUAGGUUUAUUGAUAUCUCAAAUGACGUCCUCUCCUUCUACAAAGAGGAACUAGGUGGUGACAAGCGCAAUUAUAUUCACAACCGCGCUCUGGCCACGGGAAAGCCAGUGCUCCGCAUUGUUGAGGAGGUGAAUAUGGAGACCAUAGAGUCUGCCAAGCGGGUCGAGGCGAUUUUGCGUGGACGAGGCAUCUAUGAAGACUCCUGGAAUGAAAGUGUUCGCGGCUACAUGGCCAUGCACACAACAAAUGUAAGAUACAAAUUGGAGGACCUGGGCUUGGGCGAGGAACAUCCCCUUGCUCCAUUUGAGCACAGGAUCGGCGAGCUUUUUGAUCGCAUGAAGGCACAUUGA